AUGCCGAGGAAGGACAUUGCUCCGGGCGAUCUGCUUGUUGUGGAUGAUGCAUUUGACCAUCGAGGUCCCCCGAUGUCCUGGUUGGCCGAGUCCCUGGCCCAGUCGCGGCUCGCAGCAGCACGCGCCGGCGACGCUGGCGCCCAGUUUCAGCAUGCGGAGACCCUCCGGCUCAGCGGCAGCGAGCCCUCCGGAGAGGCUUUGCAGUGGUACAGGAAAGCCGCCGACCAGGGCCACGUGGAGGCCCUCCUUCGUGCUGGGACUCUGCUCCACCGAAAACUGCGGGAGCUGUCCGACAGGAACGACCCAGCACUGGAGCAAGCAGCGUCGGAGGUGUACCGCUACUACGUGCAAGCUUCAGCUGGCGGCUGCGUGAAAGCUCAGCUUCUCUUGGCCGAGUUCUGCAUGGAUGGCAAGUUCAUGGAGGUGAACCGGAACUGCAGUGCAACUUGGGCUCGACGCGCGUUGGAAAGCGGUGCGGCGCGCACGGCGCUCUUUGCGGAGACCUUCUUUGAGCUCGCCGAGUGCUUUCUGCAAGGAAAGCAUGGUCCAAUGGAUCAGGCUUCGGCUUUCUUUUGGCUGCAAGUGGCCGCCGACGCGGGAUCUGCCAAGGCCCAGUACAUGCUGGGAAGAGAGCUUUUGGAGGACCUCACGGCGGCUACUGGCAACGAGUUUGCAGCCGAGUGGUUGCAGAGGGCCGCAGAUCAGGAUCAUGAGGAGGCGCAAUUCCUCCUCGGCGUCGCACUGGCCAUGGGCCAAGGCCUGCCAAAGAACGACGCUGCGGCUGCGGAGUGGUUCCGAGAGGCGGCGGUGCGAGGCCACGCCUUGGCCCAGUACAACCUUGCGAUUGCGUUAGAGGAGGGCCGUGGCCUUGCGGCAAACGCCUCGGCAGCCGAGGCGUGGUUUCAAGCUGCAGCCACGCAGGGAGUGGCUGAGCCCGGCUGGAACUGGAUACGAAGGUUGGUCCGAGCUCUUCUCCAGCCGCGAGGCUUGAUUAAAUCGAUCCUUGGGCAUCGGUGA